GUGCUAAGUCGAAAUUUUGUUGGAUAGGAACCCAUAAACAAAUACGAGGAAGUAUGCGAAUCAUCACUCAGCAAGGGUGAUUGGCGGUAGAAAUUGGGUUAUUCCAUUCAUUACUGGCUUUAUCAUAUUCAUUACCCUCUUUUUCUUAAAAGGGUUUUGGCUUUGGAAGGCGAUGGAGAUCAGUGACAAUGAUCAGAGUUCGUCACUGUGUGGAUGAUCCCAGUGUAGCGCUGGUUUUCAACUCUGGUGCUUUGUAUGGUUUUGGGGGCGUGAAUUUUUGGGGAUUUCGUUUGGAUUUCUGGCCCUGAUUUUUUUCAAGAACUGUCUACCCUGUAUGUACACCAGAUGCUCCUGACAUUUCAAAUAAGGUGUUUUCAUUUUUUCUUCCUAGCUAUCAAUUUGGUUUUGCACAUUAUGCCAAAAAGAACUAGGAAUAGCAAAAGAAAUCAGAUGGUACAAGAUCAUACUUCUAGAAGUCCCCGCAACGGAACACGGGCAUUUUUGCUAGUGUACUCGAAAAGGCUUAUAAGGUAAGACCACCUUAUCCUUGGAAACAAAUUUCUUUUUUAAUUUAAGAUCUGGUUUUCAUGCAUUUUAUUUUCAUGUUGUUUUUGCUGUUGUGUUUAGUUGCUUCAUUAUACUUGUUCCUACUUUUCCUUCCAAGGACGUUGAAAACCUGUUUGUUGUGGUUUAGGAAAAAACAAUUUCUGAUUAGAUACAUUCUCUAUAUGUCUUGAGGGUGCAAGUGUAGUUUUUUUUCUCGUCCUCCAUUAUGAAGUUGCUCUCCUCAUAUUGUUCUGGUUAUUUCAUACUAUCCCCUAUGCUACCACCAUACAUUAUGUUAGUGUUCCGUAUGAUAACAAGUUAUGCACUUCAUUCCUGACCAGUAAAACGCUCUGCCUCGGUUCAAUCAACGUUUAGGUUCUUAACAUAAAACUAAAUGCAAUCUAUGUCAUUGGGUAUGGAGGAUGUUCUUCCUGCAUAUAUUGGGAAUGAACAUGCAACUAUUAUUUCAUAGUUGGAAUCUGUCUCGUAUGACCCUUUGGUUCUGGACAAUUGAUGGCUGUAUGCACCUUGUCCAUGUCACCAAGCCGUACUCGCCAAGUUUUAAAUCCCCAUUUCUUGUCGAUGACAGCUCUCAUUGAAGGAGAGUUCUCUUUACCCGAACUCCUUGUCCAUGUCUAAUAAUUGUUUCUUCCUUUUCGGGGUUUUUGUUCUUUCCUAAAUUAAAAGCUGAACAGAUGGUACCUAAUUCAUGAAGGUUGAUACGUUUCUUAGUAUUUGACACUUCGUUGGUGUCUGGACGUUUAUGGACGUGUUUGAUCCCUGCCAGUGAAAACAGUUGUUUUUGAUGAAACAGGGACUCUGACAGUUGGGAAACCCGUAGUAGUCAAUGCUGUGCUCUUUACUCAAUGGAGGAGUUGACAACUCAUUGUUGUUAUGCUAUUGUAAAAUUAUUUUGUCAAUCAUGCUAACAUGUCUCUAUUUGAGAAAUAUGUAGGUAAAUGGUGAUUGGUGAGGUUCAUGUGGGAAAAUAAUGUCCAGGUUGGUCCUGAGGUUGACUAGCAUGUUUCAGAACCUGAUAAUCUGGCUCGAACAUGUGUGUUGGUUUCCAUUGAUGGAAAGAUCGCUGGGUCUUUUGCUGUAACUGAUCCAGUGAAGCCAAAGGCUGCACAGUGGAUUUGGAUGCGGAUGAAAGGAAUGGCGGUGGCAAUGAUGGGAGAUGGAAUUAAUGACUCUCCAGCUAUGGUUGCAGGAGAUGUUGGCAUGGCCAUUGGUGCUGGCACCGACGUGGCUAUGGAAGCUGCUUAUAGUUCUGAUGAAGAGCAACUUGGAAGAUGUAGUUACUGCCAUUGAUCUCUCUAGAAAGACCAUUUCUCGAAUUCGAUUGAAUUAUGUCUAGGCCCUGGGCUACAAUAUCCUCAGCAUGCCGGUGGCGGCUGGAGUUUUGUUCCCUUUCACUGGAAUUCGUUUACCACCGUGGCUUGCAGGUGCAUUCCUGCUUCAUCUCUAAUCGUGGUGCAUUAGCAAUAGCUCAUACCAAUUUCAGCACAGAUCAGUCUGCGCUUCUUGCUCUCAAAGCUUACAUCACUAGUGACCCUCAAAACAUCUUGACCGCCAACUGGUCGUCUGCCUCCAAUUCCAACAUUUGCAACUGGGUUGGUGUUACCUGCAGUGCUCGCCACCACAGAGUCACGGCCUUAAAUCUCUCGUACAUGGGUCUUGCCGGAGUUAUUCCUCCGCAUCUUGGCAACCUCUCAUUUCUCGUUGCGUUGGGCCUUCAGAAUAAUAGUUUUCAUGGUCCCCUACCGCAAGAAUUGUCUCAUUUGCGCCGGUUGAAGGCGAUUAACUUUGGAAACAACAACUUUAUGGGAACCAUUCCUUCGUGGUUUGGGUCCUUUGCUAAACUUCAAGCCAUCAAAUUGUACGGUAAUGGCUUCUCGGGUUUCAUACCGGCUGCUAUCUUCAACUUAUCUGCACUCGAAACAAUUAAUCUGAAAAGGAACCAACUAUCAGGUAGCAUACCCAGAGAAAUAGGCAACUUAACAAUGGUGAAGAGCAUAUACCUUGACUACAACAAGUUCGAAGAACUUCCAAACGAGAUAGGCAGUUUAGGUCAGCUGGAGGAGUUGUUUGUGCAAAACAAUGCCCUAAAAGGCUCGGCUUUUGUGCCUGUCCUCAACAUAUCUUCUUUGACUACUUUGACUCUAUCCGGAAACAACAUGAGUGGCAGUCUUCCGGACAAUAUAUGUGAGCAUCUUUCGAGUAUUCGACGAUUGAAUUUGGCUCAAAACCAGCUUGAUGGUCUGAUUCCCUUCAAACUGUGGCAAUGCAAAGAGCUUCGUCAAUUGGUAUUAGCGGUUAAUGAUUUCCGUGGAAGCAUACCCAAAAGUCUUGGCAAUUUCACCUACUUAACCGACAUUAUUCUUUUUGACAAUAAUUUAACAGGUACAAUACCGGAUGAGAUUUGUGAUCUUCCACAGUUAGAGAGAUUAGACCUGUUUAGUAAUAAUCUCAAUGGCGUCAUCCCAUCCAAACUCUUCAAUAACUCCAUGAUAAGACAAAUAGGGCUUUCUUUUAAUCAGCUCUCAGGUAGCCUCCCAGCAAACAUAGGUCUUAACGUUCCAAACCUAGAAAUCCUUGAUGUAGCCAAAAAUAACCUCGUGUCCGAACUACUCCCUAACCUCUCCAAUGCUUCCAAGCUCAGGGUGCUAGACAUGAACACAAACUCAUUUACCGGGUUUCUUCCUAGCACGCUCUGUUCCUUGAAAAACCUCGAGCGUCUUUACUUGUACUUGAAUCAUUUGACGAUUGAUGCUUCUACUCCACAAGCAGCAAGCACUCUCCCUUGCUUGUUUAAUCUUAGAAAUUUGAAAGACUUCGACUUGGGAGACAAUCCACUAAACACCACGAUUCCAGCUUCUCGCAGGAAUCUCUCUACGUCACUCCUAUAUUUUGAUUUAAUGCGUUCCAACAUCAGGGGCAACAUUCCAGUUGAUAUUGCCAACUUUAGCAGCUUGAUAGAGAUAAACUUGGGAAACAAUCAGUUGAGCGGAGCAAUUCCAACUUCAAUACAAAGGCUACAAAAUCUCCAAGCUUUGUAUUUGAAUGAUAACGAACUGCAAGGACAUGUUCCGUAUGAACUCUGUCAACUAAACAACCUAGUCGAGUUACUUUUGGCUGGUAAUCGUCUCUCUGGUUCUAUUCCUUCCUGCUUGGGUACUUUGGCAGGAGCUCUAAGAGAUUUAUCGUUAGACUCCAAUUUGUUAACUUCAAAAAUACCAUCUUCCUUGUGGGAACUCAAGUAUAUAUUGUUCCUAAACUUGUCAUCCAAUUCUCUAGUUGGACCACUCUCAGAAGACAUCGGAAAGUUGGAAGAUGUGGUGGAGAUUGAUUUAUCAAAUAACCAUUUCUCCGGAAACAUUCCCGAUAGCAUUGGGGGUCUUCUAAAUAUGAUUAAUUUGUCCUUGGCAAACAAUUAUUUAGAAGGCCAUAUUCCCAGUUCAUUUAAAACCUUGCUAAGCCUAGAAUUCUUGGAUUUGUCCAAAAACAAUCUAUCCGGAGUGAUCCCAAAGUCAUUGGAAGCACUCUUGUCUCUCAAGCAUCUGAAUUUGUCUUUCAACAAACUCCAAGGAGAAAUUCCAACCGGUGGGCCUUUCGGAAACUUCUUUGCUGAUUCAUUUGUAUCAAACGAUGCACUCUGCGGUGCUCCCCGAUUCCAUGUUCCACUGUGCAAAAAUAGAACAAAAGUUAAGCCAAAUUGGAGGAAAGCUAAAUAUAUCAUCUCAGGGGUCACAUCAGUAAUACUCCUAGUGGCCGCUGCAUUGAUUCUGAUACUACGCAAGAAAAGGAAUGUCGAAGUUGUACGAGAAACUGCCUCGCUACAUCAAGUUCUUUGGAGAAGAGUUUCGCACCUAGAACUUGUAAAGGCAACAAAUGGAUUUCAUGAGAGUAACUUACUAGGCACGGGGGGUUUUGGCUCAGUAUACAAAGGAACACUUUCAGAUGGGAUAGAUAUCGCCGUCAAGGUCUUCAAUUUACAGCUAGAAGGGGCAUUCAAGAGUUUUGAUAAGGAAUGUGAAAUACUAAGCAAUAUCCGUCACCGGAAUCUUAUUAAAAUCAUAAGUUGUUGCGAUGAACUUGAUUUCAAAGCCCUGAUACUUCAAUUGAUGCCUAAUGGAAGCCUCGACAACUGGUUGUAUUCUCCAACCCGCUCCAUGACUAUCCUGCAGAGGUUAGACAUAAUGAAAGAUGUUGCAUUGGCACUAGAAUAUCUUCAUCAUGGUUACUCGAUACCUAUCGUUCAUUGUGAUGUGAAACCAAGCAAUAUACUACUAGAUGAUGAUAUGGUUGCACAUGUUGCUGAUUUUGGCAUUGCAAGACUCAUCGGCAGUGGAGAUUCGAUGACAGAAACCAUGACCCUAGCCACAGUUGGAUAUAUGGCUCCAGAGUAUGGGAUGGAAGGAAGCGUUUCAACAAGAGGGGAUGUGUAUAGUUUUGGUAUUGUACUCAUGGAGACAUUCACAAAAAGGAAGCCAACAGACGAGAUGUUUGUUGGGGAAUUGGAUUUAAAGCAAUGGAUUGCGGAUUCAUUAUUUCCAGAUGCUGCAAUAGGUGAAGUUGUGGAUGCCGAUAUACUAGGGGCGGAGGAAGAUGGUGAUUUCGUGAGCAGAAGGGAUUGCUUAUCAUCCGUUAUGAGAUUAGCUUUAGCUUGCUCUGCAGCAUUGCCGAGAGAGAGGAUUAACAUGAAAGAUGCCGCAAUCACACUCACCAAAAUCAAGACCAAGUAUUUGAAGGACUGUGGAGGAAUGAAUUAGUUCUUUUUGUUCUCUAUAUUUUGGGAUCCAUUUUCUUAUUGUUGUUUUGAAUCUGCAAAGACUACAUUAUCUUCUCAUAGUAGACGGAUUUGAGAAUAUGACGAUAUUCCUCAAAUUAAAAUGUCGUAGCUGGAUUUGUCAAUGCAAUGAGGCCAAUAGUACCAAAAUUGCAAUUCAAA